AUGUAUGGUAAAACUGAGAUGUGCUGGGGUCGGGGAAAGUGCCCUACCUUCUUGGACUGUAGAUCUGUACUGAUUAAAACAAACGGAGAAACAGUAACUUCAGCAGUAUCCGAGAAAUAUCAGCUUGAUGGUAACAUUGAGCAAGGAAACGUGUCGCUCACGAUAAAGCAGCUCCGGAAAGAAGACGGCGGCUGGUAUUGCUGCCGUGUGGUGUGGCGUGGACCGUUUAAUGAUGACAAAGUGAAUCUGAAUGUGCUGGUUUUGGAUGAGAUCACCACACCGAAUCCUUCAACCACAAAUGAGUCUGUCCAUGCACAGGAUGCAAACUCUGUCACAGCUUCUACAUUUGAAGGUACUCGAGAAAUUCUGAGCUCUACGAUAACUACGAAUGGAAUCAACAGUGCUUCCGAACAACACGGAGACACAAAUCUUAAACUUUUUCUUAGCAUUGGUUUUCUGGUUUUGCUCUGUUUGACUGGAAUAGCAAUGUUUAUCUUCUUGAAAAACUCAAAGAAUUCCACAAAAAGGAACACUUUAAACAAUGCUAUUGAACUGCAACAGCAUCAAGCAAUUGAAGAAAAUAUAUAUCAAGUUUCUUAAAGAACUAUUUUGUGCACAAAGUAAUAAUAUUGAUUAAUUAGUUAAUAGUUUUAGAAUGUUGUAACGCCUAAACUAUUGAGUAAACAAGAAUAGGAAAAUAAAUUAAGUGAAAUUAUUUGUAAAUCAAUCAAAAUAUAUUGUUGUAUUAAAUGUGUGGAGCCUUGAUAAUGUUUGACUUUACAUGGUAAAAGCCUUUAAAACAGAAAACUUCACUGGCCAUUGUGAGCCAUCGAUUAUUAUGCAUCCUUAUAAUUCAAGUUAGAUGGCUUCGAAAUUCUCGUGCAGCCAAACAAAUGUGAACUUAAGGAGUGCAUAAGGUCCAAGGCUUAACUUAAGGAUAAAGGGGAAAUCCUUUAAAACCGAGAUGAGAAGAACUUUUUUCACGCAGAGAGUGGUGAAUCUCUGGAACUCUCUGCCACAGAGGGUAGUUGAGGCCAGUUCAUUGGCUAUAUUUAAGAGGGAGUUAGAUGUGGCCCUUGUGGCUAAGGGGAUCAGGGGGUAUGGAGAGAAGGCAGGUACGGGAUACUGAGUUGGAUGAUCAGCCAUGAUCAUAUUGAAUGGCGGUGCAGGCUCGAAGGGCCGAAUGGCCUACUCCUGCACCUAAUUUCUAUGUUUCUAAGGCAAGAAUUUGGACAGAGGGAGGAAUGGGGUGCUGGCAGCUGUGGGCUCAAUCGAGCCUGAGCUAUGCUAGUCAUGGAUGAAUCAGAACCAUGUGGUUUGGGGAACAUUGAGGGAACACAAGGGGGGAAGAUGUAAAAAUGUAUUUUGUUUGUUGUUCAGGAAACACAUCAUGGAACAAUAUGGUGGUGAGUGAUUGUCUGAGAUGGUGGAUGUUUAGCAUAGUUUGGGGAGGGUCACAGUGAGGAUUGAGAUCGCAGAUUGAGACUGUACCAGGGUAAUUGUUGAGUUAAGGGGCAGGAGAAUCAGUGCCUGGGCCUUGGGGUUUCUUGGUUGUUAUAUACAUUAACGAUUGGAAAAGGAAAGUAGUUGGAAAUGUUGUGGAAGUUUACGGAUAAUAACCAAAAUGGUUCUACGAUGGACAGUGAAGGUUGUCUAAAGUUGUAACAGGAUCUAGAUCAACUGGGAUAGGGGGUAAAGGAAUGGUUGAUGGAAUUUAACUCACACAAGUUCAAAGUGAUGCAUUUUGGGAGGUUAAACCAGGGUGGUAAAUUACAGGACCACAGGGAGUGUUGUUGAACAGAGAUCUUCAGGUCAAAUACAUAGGGCAGCAAAGUGGCACAGCGGUAAAGUUGCUGCCUUACAGCGCCAGAGAUCUGGGUUUGAUCCUGACUAUGGGUGCUGUCUGUAGGGAUUUUGUACAUUUUUCAUGUUACUACAUGGCUUUUCUCCAUGUACUCUGGUUUCCUCCAUCAUUCCAAAGACAUGCACAUGUAGGUUAAUUGGCUUCUGUAUUUUCCCUAGCGUGUAGGAUAGGAACCAAUGUAUGGGUGAUCGUUGGUCAGUGUGCACAGUGGGCUCAAGGGCCUAUUUCAACGCUGUAUCUCUAAAACUAAAAUGUUGCCUGAAAAUAAUGGUACGUAAACAAAAUGGUGAAGAAGGCAUAAGACCUGCUUGCCUUCAACAGAGCUCUGAGUACAGGAGCUGAGACAUCAUAUUCCAGCUGCACCAUACAUGUUGGGAUCACACCUGGAAAAUUAAGUGUAGCUCUAGUCACCGUGCUAUUGGAAGGAUGACUAUGCGAGAGCAGAUGCAGAAAAGAUUCACAGGGAAGUUGUUGCGAUUGGAGAGCAUGUAUUAGGAGGACAGAUUGGAGAGGCUGGGAAUGUUAUCCUUGGAGUGAAGGUCCAAAAUUAGCUUACAAACGUUUACAAAAUCUCAAGGUGCAUAGAUGAGAUCACUGACUUUCUUUCAGUCUAAAACUAGAGGAUAUAGAUUUAAAUGAGAGGGGAAAGAUUUAAAGGGGACCUGAGGGACAUAUUUUUCACACAGAAGAUGGCAGUUAUAUUUAAUGAGCUGCCAGACAAAGUACUAUAGGCAAAUCCAAUCAUAAUAUUUGAGAGGUUCAUGGAUAGGAAAGUUGAGGGUCACAUGCAGGCAAUGAGCUUGAGAAGGUAGCAUGGCUGGCACGGAAUAGUUGGUCUGUUUCUAUUGCAUGUUCUAAUAUGGUUGUGGUAUGCCCUUUUUUUAUACUUUUAAAAUUGAUAAUACAUUUAUUUUGUGGAUU